AAAUAACCUGACGUUUGGGAAUGCGGACUCAACUCUGCGUCAGCGGCUGAAAACCGAGCUUCAAAGUUCAAACUAAAUCUACCUACAGCUAAACAAAAAGGGAGGGAGAUAGAAAAAAAAAAAGAAGCAAAACAACACAGGCUGCAUGGAGCAGAACGCGCACGGAGGCUGCAACGACGCUGCAGCGGUGCACGUGAAAACAGAAGCUGCGGAUGAAAAUGCGUCUGUGCUGGAUUUGUGCAGUCAGGAUCCGCCUGCGCCCUGCGGAGGAGAGCAUCAGACUGCGGAGGAGCAGCAGGGUGACACGCAGCUCCACGCAGCUUCCACUGCUCCAGUUCUGUUGUAUUCUGUGAGCAGUGACAGGUUCUUCACCACAUCAGGGGAUGGGAAAGCCUUCCUGAAGAUAGCUCCAGCUUCAGUGAUACCAAACACUCCUCCUGAGAAGACGAUUCCCACAGGCUCAGACUUCUCCUCCAAAGCUGUGUUGUGUUUGAUCGAGGCUGUUGGGCGUCGCUGGGGUCUGUAUGAGACUCGGGAACGCUCCCAGCUCUUCCAGAGCGUCCAGGAAGAGAUGGCUUCCAAAGGACACAUCCUUCCUGUCGAAAAGAUCAGACGCAAGUGGAACAACCUGAUUGUCACCUACAAGAGAGUCAAAGACCGCAGCCGUGAGACCGGACAUGCUAAAACAUCCUGGGAAUUCUUUGAUCUGAUGGACGCCACACUUUGUGACACAGUUGGAAAUCAGAUCGUCUACAACAAAAGAAACAAAGGUGGAAACACUGUCCCAACACUUCCUGCUCCCAUGUCAAAGGUCACCAGUAAACCGCCUGUUCCACAGCCGGCCAGUGUCGGCCGUCUUCAUAGUGACUUCACAAACGGAGUGGAAUCAGCCACUCAGCCUUCCACCAGCAGUCAGGUCAACAUCAUCAGCAGUAAAGACGGCGCUGUGGCUUCUGUGGCUGCAACGACUGUCUCCUCAGGAACAAACACUCCAGAAAUCAAACCCUUAAUUGUCCUAAACGGUGACAUUGUUCCAACAAGCAUGAGUCCAGCCACCCUCGUUCCAUCUCCCUCAUUCAUCUCAUCACCUUGCUUCUCAGAAUCUCUUUCUCUUUCCCUUGGAACGAGCAGUAACGCGGACCUUAAAAUGCGCUACGUCAGCCCAAAGGCGGCAUCUUACUCAUUAAGCGGCGUGUCCUGUCACCAUAGCAAAGCGCCACUGAACGACAGCAAGAAUCUCCUUGGCGUCUCAUCGUCGUUCUCCUCCACUCCUUCCACCUCCUCCUCUCUGCCUGAUACUGCCACAUCACAGACAGGAGGACCACACCAGAAAGGAUCUGAAGAGCAAAGCAGCAUCGGCUUGUUCCAGGAGAUUCUCAAGCGACAAGAGGAGCAGGCCUAUUUGGACCGAGUGGUUCGUCGCAGGGUUGAAGCCAGAGAAAAGCGACGCGAGAGGAGGGAGAUGCGGAUGAUGGAGUCCCUGGGGAGAAUAGCUACAGCCCUGGAGCUGCUCUCCUCCAAACAGGAUACAGUCAUCGCACUCCUGCAGAGACUAGCUGAUCGGAAAUGAUGAAGGAUCACGGAGCAGCCGCUCUUAAAGGGGUCAUACUAUACUCAUUUUCAAAGCUCUGUCACAAAACAUAAAAACAUAUUUGUACUCUUAAAAAAAAUACCCCAUAGAUGUUGAGGUGGUCUCUUAUUUUCAGGUUUCAAAGAAAUAUCUUGUUUCUGUGCCUGCUGCUUGCCACAGCUCCUCUCCCUUUGGAGGGGGUGGCGCUUGUCUCUCCCCCACAGAUUGUGAGUGCAUCACGCACAACAGACCGACUCCAGAUAUCAACUCCUUUACAUAUGUCACAAUAAUCUCAAAUGAGCUAUAUCAGACCUAAAGUUUCUUUAAGAAAAUUAUUCUAGUGUGCACAACUAGGCUG